AUGUAUUUGGCGUCUGGUGACGGGCUGAACAGUUCUGUUGUCGUCGCCCUGCCUACCGGCAGCCCCAUGAAGCCGGGCUGUGGAGGCGCGGUAUCUGAGGCGAAAUACGCCGAAGAUGCCUUUCCCACCGGCGAGGCUAGCACCUACGCCGUGGGCAAAGUGUGCUUUUUCCUCUGCACCGCCGUCGGCCUCGGCCAAGUUCUCCUUCUCGCUCGGAUCUACCCACUUCGUGUGCUCUACGGUGCUCCGCUCAUCACCAGCCUCAUCCUCCUUUCCACCAGCCAGUCGAUUGUUCUCGUCGUCUGCCUCUCAAACCCUCUGCCCGUAGCUUCGCCGUCACAGUCGCCGUCGCCGUCGCCAUUGAUGUUGCCGUUGACGUUGACGUCAAAGUCGACGUUGACCUCGCCGUUGCCGUUGACUUCGAAGUCGACGUUGCCGUUGACGUCAAAGUCGACGUUGACCUCGCCGUUGCCGUUGAUGCUGUCGUUGCCAUUGUCGUCGUCUCGGGUCAACGAGCCACUGUCCGGCGGCCAGGUCAAUUGGCUCGCUGGUCUACGGCUGGUCAUGUUGCUUGCCUACCUCGCCAGCCUGACAUGGGCCCUGUUUGCAUGUCUGCAAAUUUGGCUGGUCGUCUUCCGAGGCGCUCACACUCGCGCCACCUCCGAGGCCUGUCACCGGCCGAGCUACCUUUUCGGUUGUCUUGUCGGCGUACUUUUGCCGGUCACCCUUUUGUUGCUAACCGAGCAACGAUGGCUCUUCAACCGACAGGCCGCCAACAUCUCGCAGACUGUCCGUGCAGACGGUGGCCGUGUUCUCGGGCCGUCCGAAGAGGUCGGACUCACCGGCAUUUUGGCCAACCAUUCAAGCGUGCACGAAUGUCGACUCGACACGCCAGAAGCCAUUGACGCCUGGCGCUUCUUCCUACCGUCAGCUCUGCUUCUCGGCUUGCAGGCCGGCUUUCUUCUGGCCACCCUUUGGCUGCGCACCGGCCACAUUCUCAGUCGUCGUCUCAUCGCAGCUCGUCUUCGCGCCCAUUUGCCUCAUUGGCGCAAAUGGCACUGUUGCCUGGCAACGGUUCGUCUUGUCCUGCUUCCUCGCAGACGCGUCAUGCCGGCCGGCGCCAACAAGGUUCACUUUCCCGCCAGCUUCGAAUUGGCCACUUCAGCCUCGGACAAUCUCGAGGCGACGUCGCGACGACCCACCGACCUGUCAACAAAUUCGCCUUUUGUCACUCGGUACACCCUCGGGCCCAACAACCAAUUCCGAUAUACCUACUCAUCCUCUUCCGCCGUCUCCGCCUCCUCCUCCUCUUCCUCCUCCCCUUCCUCCUCCUCCGUCGCCGCCGUCGCCGUCGCCGUUGAUGCCGCCUCGCCGUCGCCGGCAUGCUCGACGUCUCCGUCACGCUUGAGCGACUCGUCGUGCGGGAUUCGCGAGGACCGAAAGUUGAUGGGCAGCAAUCCGGAGACGAUGGUGCGCAUUUCGUUGUGUGGCAAGUUGGUGCUGACCAACACCAUCACGUUGGGCACCGCGUAUGCCGCGAGUCUGCUGCGACUUCCGCCGCUCUGGCAUGUGUUUGCGCUCACCUCGGGCCUACAGUCCAUCCUGUUGGGCGUCAGUUUGGUGCUGAGUCAUAGCGCUUUGGAUGUGCUCUACGAUUGGUGGCAUGCGCAUGGAUCGCGCAUCCGCAGCAGCCUCUGGAACCCCUUCCAGACGACCAACACAGACUCGAUGCUCGGGCUGAGUGAAGAGGAGGCGAAUGAUGUCGCGAUCGAGGAGGCUGCAGCCGUGGGCGUGGAUGGUGUUUGUGGCGAGAGGCUGAGCGGAAACGCCGAACUGUGGCAGGAGAGACGAGCUAAACGGAGAGUGGAAGAAGGUCAGCUCAAAGAUCGCGAAAUCGGUGAAACUGUAGAUGGCAAAAGUGAACAGGUCGAGGGUGUCAGACCACUCGGACGUGAUGACGUGGGAAGGCAGGAGAGCAGUUUGGCAAAAGGCGUCUUUUUGAGAAGUCUCGUGAGCCAGACGAACGCGAAUGGUGAAAGCGCGACACAUUUGGCGUCGGUGGGUGUGAAACGAGGCCUCACGGAUUGA